UGUAUCGAAGGAGCGGGGGUAAGGCAUUCGUGGUGGUUGUUAAGCAUCACGAUGUAUUCAUUUAGAUUAAUUGUAGGAGCGCUCUGUUUUUUAAUUUGAGUCAUUUGUGUGUGAUGGUGCAGAAAGCUCUGUUGCUCGGGGCAACAGCUUGCAUUGGAACCAGGACGUUUGUUCUUUUAAGAGCACAAAAACAGGCUUUUCACUUUGGGUUUGCUGGUCAUCCUUGCUUGUCUGCCUCGCUGUAACACGAAACCCCUCCCACUAUGUAUUGACUGUCAGCUGUUUCCAACAAUGGAUCUGCUUCUUGGAAACAGACAGAGCAAACACACCGCAACGGAACAGGUGGUGCAUAGCAUUGAAAUGCAGAAGCGUACAAACGAGAUGGCUUCUCAACAAAAGUCAGAGAGAGUAGUGAGGGACGCUGGUACUGGAGCUGCAAGUCACACCCAUUUUCCUGUUUCUGGGGAGAAGGUAUCUGUGCCGGGAGCCACAGCAGGUAAAAGAAAGGAAAAACGGAACAAUCUGGAUGGAACCCAAACAGGAUCUGCUUUGUGUCCAAAGGAAGGACGACAGGUUGUUACCAAAGGGUUUACAAUAAAACCAAUUGUCCCUGCAAAGAAGAGCGAUGUUCUGUCAGUUGCCAAAGCCAUGCACAGAGAGAAAUUUGGAGAGAGAGUGAAAGAACUGUUUGAUCCAGAGAGGGAUGCUGCACUGAAGGCAAUACAAACAGGUAUUUACAUUGGAUGGAGAUCUCCUGAGUACUCCUGGGAUUGCUUCCGACUUGGAGAUGCGUCCAAGUGUUUCUGUGGACACCUACUGAAUGAACACAAGAGUUACUCAGGUAUCAGUGUGCGGGUGCCCUGUGCUGCCCAGUCGUGUAAAUGCAAAGCCUUUGCCUUCAUCCCUUCUCGACCAGAGGAAGCUGGUGAAUUCUGGUUAAAGAAAAGACCAGGCUUCGACCCAGCUGCUUGGAGAGCAAUGUGCAGAUGUAAACAUUCUCAUGAGGAACACGACCCAACAAAUAGCCAUGCUUGCAAGAAAAAAGGUUGUCGAUGUCAACUUUUCGAAUCCAGCUUUGUCUGUGCCUCUUGCGACAGGCAUUGGGAACAACAUGAAACAUUUUUUGAUACAGAGGACUCGAGAAAGAAAUCUGGCCUUCCGUAUGACUACAGCGACACCGCUCAGUUCACACCACCAUAGCAGUUAAACGUGUUGGAGAAGGUUUCAAAACAACCAAGGUUUAUUAGCGACUUUCAAGGUGAGGCAAAGUAAUAAUGUUGAUUAGUAAUACCUACAUAUCAGCCUAAUAAUAAGGAAUAAUAAUAAAUCCCCCUGGUAGUCCGCUGUUUAGCAAACCCAUUUUAUUAAUAUUCAAAUUCUAAACUGCUAGUAGAAGCAGCUUGUAAACUGCAGUUUAGCGGACCCAGCUUAUGCAAAUUGUAACAAUUCUAACAAUAGUUUAAUGCAGUCGUUCCCAACCCUGAUCCUGUGGACCCCCUGUGUCUGCUGGUUUUCAUCCAAGCUCUCAAUUACUUAACUAGACCGUUAAUUGGACUGAUAAUUUGCUCAAUUAGACUUUUUAAAAUUGUUUUCAGUUUUCAACUCCCCAGUAAUGUUGUUGAAGCUGACACCCUAGGAUCCUUCAAGAUGCUGCUUGAUGAAAUUCUGGGAUCAAUAAGCUACUAACAAUCAAACGAGCAAGAUGGGCUGAAUGGCCUGCUCUCGUUUGAAAACUUUCUUAUGUUCUUAACUGUUUAAGAGCUGACAGCAAUUAAAAAGGUGUAAUUAAGCAAAUGAUCAGUUAAAUGAAGGGUCUAGUUAAGUAAUUAAGAGCUCAGUUGGAAUGAAAACCAGCAGACACAGGGGGUCCCCCGGACCAGGGUUGGGAACCACUGGUUUAGAGGACCCAGGUUGUGAAUAUUAUGACAUCGUUUUAGGUAGGGGUUUGGGGGCCUGUCCUCGACAGACACAGAUACUUGUUAUGCGUAAAUGCCUCUGUGAUUAUUCAUGGCUGGCUAUGGCCCUGUGUGUAAUUCAAUAUAUUAACGUAACAUUAUUCAGCAGGUUUCAUUCGACAUUAUGAAGAUAAAUUUGUUCAUUAUAUAGGGUGAUGCAAAACAUUUGGCCAUAGCUGUAUAUUUAAAUACUAAAAUGACUACCUGGUACAGUACUGUAUCUCCCCUCGUUUCAACCAAAUAAAAUAGAUGACAUCUCCAAUCGAACACACAGUACAUAAAACCACAAAGGUUUCAAGUGUAAAAGCAAAGCCCUAAAACCAAUUGAAGUCUGAGUACAUGUCCAUCUUGUCCUUAAAAUUAAACAAGUAAACAUCUUUCAGUACAAGAUCAAGAAUAAUACCCUAACAUUGUUAGGUGCCGUCAACUUGCUUACAUUGAUAAAAUUAACAGCAAUCCUUAAUGGC